AUGGCACCAUCCACCUCCCUCUUUCAGUGCUUUAUGAGACGUGAGCACGAUACUCCUAAGCUUAACCGUUAUGAAGGCAGUGGACCAUCGGUUGCCGUGGGCUUUCAAAACCGUGGUUUGCAUGUUUUUGCUACACCUCGAACGUUCUCCGAAAUUUCACAUCUCGAAGAUCUUCCCAAUAUCACGCUAUUGGAGCUGGAUGUUAUCAAUUCACAAAGCAUUAUUGCUGCCCUUGAUGCUAUCAAAGCUCAGAUGAGCGGAAAACUGGGCUAUCUGGUGAGCAGCGGUGCAUCUAAAGCUACUCUGAUGCUUCUUUCUGAGAGGGUGAAUUGA